CGUGGGCGCCCGGGGAGGGAGGAGUCGCGCGAGUUUGAACAGCUCGUGCGUGCCGAUGGCAAGCCGCGCAGCAGGUCGAAGCUGUUCUCCGUCUGUGGGAGCCCCAAAGCCGCGGUUCGGUUGGUCCCGGCCUCGGCAGCCCCUCGGCACGGCAGAAAUGUAGACGGCAGCUGCUGCCUGUGAAGGACUCGCACCCAUCUGACCCUGCACAGCACCUGCGAUUGCUGCCAUGAUCCUCUGCAUGCUGCUGUUGGCCUCACUGCCUGAGCCAUCUGGCACCGAAGUCAACCCUGCCAUAUGCCGUUAUCCUUUGGGCAUGCAUGAAGGAACGAUACGGGAUGAAGAUAUCACUGCUUCCAGCCAGUGGUAUGAUUCCACAGGACCUCAGUAUGCACGGUUACAAAGGGAAGAGGGGGAUGGAGCCUGGUGCCCGGCUGGCUUGUUGCAGCCAGAAGAUGUGCAGUUCCUCCAAAUUGACCUACACAAGCUCUUUUUCAUCACCUUAAUUGGGACUCAGGGACGGCAUGCCCGUGCCACAGGCAAAGAAUUUGCACGUGCUUACCGAAUUGACUACAGCCGCAAUGGAGAGCGCUGGGUCUCCUGGAAAGAUCGUCAAGGCAGGCAGGUGAUCCAAGGCAACAUCGAUACGUAUGAUGUGGUCUUGAAAGAUCUUCGGCCUCCCAUCAUUGCUCGUUUUAUCCGGGUAAUUCCUGUGACAGAGCUGCCAAUGACUGUCUGUAUGAGGGUGGAGCUCUAUGGCUGCAUCUGGUAUGAUGGUUUGGCAUCCUAUAGCAUCCCUGAAGGAGGGACAAUAGCGGCUCCUGGCUUCCCCAUCGUUUAUCUGAAUGACUCGACCUAUGAUGGCUACCAUGAGCGCAGGCAUUUGUACGGAGGCCUGGGCCAGCUGACGGACGGCGUGCUGGGACUGGAUGAUUUCACGCAGAGCCACCAGUACCGUGUGUGGCCGGGCUAUGACUACGUCGGCUGGAAAAACGAGAGCUUCAGCACGGGCGCUGUUGAAAUGGAGUUUCAGUUUGACCGACCGAGGAACUUCACCUCCAUGAAGGUGCAUUGUAACAACAUGUUUUCCAAGGGAGUGAAGAUCUUCCAGAAGGUGGAGUGUCUGUUCAAACCACGCCUGAUUGCGGACUGGGAGUCCGAACCUGUUGGAGUGGCAACUGUCUUAGAUGACAAAAACCCCAGUGCGAGGUUUGUGACUGUCCCCCUCAAUCAGCGCGUGGGUAAAGCCAUACUUUGCCGCUUCUACUUCGCCGACUCCUGGAUGAUGAUGAGUGAGAUUUCCUUCCAGUCUGACAUGGAGAGUGUAAAUCCUAUUUUGGUGACAGUAGCCCCAAGCACAACAGAACUCCUGGAAGCAGAAUACAACGUCACCGAGGGGACCUGGGAAACCACAUCUUCUGUAACCAGCACCUGGAUAGGAGAGAAAGCAGAUGACUCUAAUACCUCCAUCCUUGUGGGCUGCCUUGUGGCUAUCAUUCUUCUGCUCCUGAUGAUUAUAAUCAUUAUUCUUUGGAAGCAGUAUGUUCAAAAAAGGUUGGAAAAGGCUCCGCGCCGAAUCCUGGAGGAGGAUGCCACAGUUCGUCUCUCCUUCUACAGCUACACCAUUGCCAACAACCAGACCCAGAUCCACCAGUCAAAUCCCACCUAUGAACGUGCUUUCCCACUGGACUUGGAAUAUCACCAGCCAGCUACACUGCUCCACAAGCUUCCUGAGCUCUCACAAAGUGCAGAGGAUUCAGUGUGCAGUGGGGACUAUGCUGAGCCUGACCUGACCAAGUCUACUCCUCACCAAGGCUUCCAGAACAACGUUCCUCACUAUGCUGAAACAGAUAUUGUCCACCUGCAAGGUGUGACAGGCAACAAUAUGUAUGCGGUGCCAGCCCUCACUGUGGAUUCACUCACCAAGAAGGACAUCUCAGUAGGUGAAUUCCCACGGCAACAGCUACGACUCAAGGAGAAGCUGGGAGAAGGACAGUUUGGAGAGGUGCACCUAUGUGAAGCCGAUGGCCUGCUGGAGUUUCUGGGAGUCUCUUCCACAGAAUUCACCCGCCAACCGGUUCUAGUAGCAGUGAAAAUGCUAAGAUCAGAUGUCAACAAAACAGCCAGAAAUGAUUUCCUGAAGGAGAUCAAGAUCAUGUCACGGCUGAAGAACCCAAAUAUCAUCCGACUCCUGGGCGUGUGUGUGCGUGAUGACCCACUGUGCAUGAUAACAGAGUACAUGGAAAACGGAGACCUCAACCAGUUCCUGUCACAGAGGGAGAUCUACAGCAAAUUUGCUGUUUCAAACAACAUUCCCUGUGUCAGCUACUCUAACCUGCUGUACAUGGCCACCCAGAUUGCCUCGGGAAUGAAGUAUUUAGCAUCUCUGAAUUUUGUGCACAGAGAUCUGGCUACUCGCAACUGCCUGGUGGGGAACAACUACACCAUCAAGAUUGCAGACUUUGGCAUGAGCAGGAACCUUUACAGUGGGGAUUACUACCGUAUCCAGGGGAGAGCUGUACUGCCAAUACGUUGGAUGGCCUGGGAAAGCAUCCUUCUGGGCAAGUUCACCACAGCCAGUGACGUCUGGGCAUUCGGGGUCACCCUCUGGGAGAUGUUCAUCCUGUGUAAGGAGCAGCCUUACAGCCUCCUCUCAGAUGAGCAGGUCAUUGAGAACACAGGCGAGUUCUUCCGGAGCCAGGGCAGGCAGAUCUAUCUCUCCCAGACUCCUCUGUGUCCUAACCCUGUGUUUGACCUGAUGCUGAAAUGUUGGAGCAGGGAUAUAAAAGAUCGUCCCACUUUUGACAUGAUUCACCACUUCCUGCUAGAACAGAUGGAAUCAAAUAUUUGACUCAAGAAAAGGAGACAAACUGUGGAGAACUGAGUGACUUUGGUAUCUCUUUGCCUGUACCUCAUGGGAAGAUGGUCAGGCCACCUUGCUCUCCUCCCUUGACUGUAGUCUAUUUAAAUUGAGACGUCCAUGGCAGCUGCUCGUUCUAUUGGCCAUGGUCUGACACACAGGACCAGAGGAUCUCAUUUGGUUGAAAAAUCAUCUCCUCUUCUGAAUCAUUUCCUGGGAAUACUGUGAGAGGGAUUUUAUUAGGUGCCCAUACACCUUUGGGCAAAAUGAAUGAGUAAAACUUUGCAAGGGACUUGGAGCUCUCUCCUGAAUGGAAUAGAAAGCUACCGGUUGGUUUAGGAGUUAUGAUUCAAGAAAAGAUUUGUAGAAACAGUCUUCUAAAACUAUUCCAUUAAAUCAAAUGGAAGUCUUGUGCACAUUAGCAAGUGUUUCAGUAUGCUCUUGCUACAGACAAUAGGUAUAGUGAGAAACUAGAAAUGACUAGAACUAGGAAAUGGUUUAACAGACUUGAGAACUGACGGAGCUGGAUUUAGCAACCCUUUGGAAGUAAUUUUACAAGGGUCUAUGGAGGAUGCAGAUAGAGUCCAAGAUCAUGUUCUUUUUUUCCUGUGGUUGUUAAGCACUGCUUUGGUUAUAUAUGUGCAUUUUCCCCACACUGGAUUUUUUUCUUAAAAAAAAGAAAAAAAAAUGAAUGUUAAAGGUCACCGGAAGGUCACUACAGUAGAUCUUCUUUUGACCUACAAAUAAAGACUAGGGUAGGGAGUUUGUAUUGAAAAGUAGCUGAUACUGUACUACUGUCACUAUGUAGAUUUAUUAGCCUAAUGAACUUGUAGCCACAACGGACUGAUGUGCAAUUAAUCCUGUAUAAGUACCCAUUAAUAUGAGACCUCUAAGUCAAUGCUGUUACAUGUGCAGAGGGACUUGCCUUUGGUGAAACCGAAUGGCUGAGAGCAGACCCCGCUAUGUCACUUGUCAUAGCUUGUGGGAGCAGAAAAGGAACAGGGUACGUGUUGCCCCCCCAGCCCACGUGCAUGUACACACAUGCACGUACACACACAACGCGUGCACACACAUACACACACACUCCUGGCAUCGGCGGUUCCCCUUCAGGUCUGCAGGACUCUCAGUGGGGCAGGUUGAGCUCUGUCAGCCAGGCAGAUGCACUUCGGCCCAGGCUCUUCUAUGGCUGUGAUCAGAUCUGGCAGCAGGAGGUGGGACUGAUACAGCCCCUUAGCUCUGAUCAGGGUGGGUUUGCAUGUUAUUUCGGAUGCUUCCUGCUCAAAGGAGACAAUUUAUUCAUUGACCGAGGAUUGUUUUUUGUUUCAGUUACGUCACAAACAGCUCAUUCUGCAGAGGUUUUACAGGGCUCUGAAACCCAUUUGGCGUGAGUUAGAGAAUUCAGCUUGUUUCUACAAUAAAUCCAUUGUGGAUUUGUCAGGUGCCUGGGGAAUACUCUGCUAUACCGUCCCUAAUUGUAUAACAAGAUACUUUAGGACCAAACCAAAUAUUUCAUAAGCUGGGAGAAGAUGAAAGUUCAGCACUUGGCUUUUUAAACAGCAUUCAGUGUAAUGUAUAUAUUGGGUAAAGCUUGUAAAGAUAAUUUUUAUCUUAGCCACAGGCAUAGUGUGAAUGGUUGUCUGUGUUAAGAGCUCUGUACGGGGACGCUGCCGAGAGAAGGAAUGUCAAAACAGCUAUAAUUAUGACUGUUACCUUCAAAGAAAAAACCUGUUUCUGAAUUGGCAGGCACCAGGAUUGUGUAUUAUGUCCAUUUCUGCUGUCCAAGCAGAACAAAUUCUGUGAUGAAGUUGCCUAGUUGCAGCUCACUUGCAUAUGACUGUAUCCGGGUUGUCGUGUUAGAGAUCUGGUGCGGGAUUCAUCUAACUGCACAAAGGUGUCUCCAUCUGAGCUGGUCUUCUGAGCUCCCUUUACUUGAUAAAGAGUCAGAGUACAAGUCAUCUCAUCCCCAUGGGAGGGCUGCACUGUGUCAGGUGAAUCUCACCCUGAAAGUAGGUAUUUUUCUCCUGUGACUCGUAGGGGCCCCGGGUGACUCGCUGUAGCAGAUGUGUGCUGUAACAUCUGAAAAUAAGUGAGAAGAGUCGAAGCCAGCUGCGGUUCCUGCUGCAGCCUGUGGCUGCAUAUGUGAUGUGACAUGCUGGUGACCGGCUAACCACACGUUGGGUUUAUUCUGGAGUCUUUCCAUCAUGUCUCAUAAAAGGUACCUGAGUAAUAUGCAGCCAUGUGAGUGAUCUCCUGUACCUCUGAGUUCAGAGAUACCCGUGUGCUGUAACUUCACCUGGAUGGGCUUUGUACUUGUGUUGUCAGGAUGUACUGUUCCUCCAUUGAAAUGUUGACAUACAAAGUUUCUCUUAUCAAUAAAUCCUAAUGAUAACCUAGACAAAA